UGCUGGUUUGCCCGCUCCCUAAACGGAGGACAUGGUCGUACGCCGGGGCUCCUUGGUCUCCAUCGACGCGGAACGCGCAAUGGACCUUCAGCUGAGGGUGACUCCGACAGAGGUGAAGUUCCUGGACGCGCUAUCUGGGAAGGUGUACCGCCUCCCAGUUACUGUCCACAAUCUUGGCCCUAUCAACCUGAAGAUUCGGUUUUUGAAGCCGCUCAAGCCUCAGUUCAAACUGAUUUUGACCAAUCUGGAUAAAGAACUUGCUUCUGGACUGCAGAUGACAGCUACAGUGGAAUAUCGUCCUAAUAAAAAUGAAGACAUUUUUGACCAACUAUUUAUUUUACUAGGAAAAAAAGCAAUAAAAAUCCCUCUCAUUGGGUUGAUUCCAACCUGUCAAUUGGAAAUUGAGUCAGAAGUGAAUUUUGGCACUUUGGUUUCCAAUAGUAAAGUACAUUGUAAAGAGAUUAGUAUACGUAACCAUGGCAAGGCUCCAGGUAAAUUCACAACAGAAUACCAAGGCCAAUUACCUAUUGUCAUUUCUCCAAGUAAUGGUAUUGUAAAGCCAAUGUCAUCGACGAUUAUUAAAGUGGAUUUCUGUGCAGAUCAGCCCAGAGUUGUAAAGGAGGUGGCAAAAGUAAGUCUGCAAGAUCGUCCAGACACAUUCUUGAAUAUCAAAGUUCGUGUGGUUGAGCAGAUUAUUGAAUUGUUAAGCAUGAGUGGUAAUAAAAAAGUGGAGUGCAUACACUUUGGUUCUACUUUCUUUGGAACAUCAAAACUUGAACGUGCUGUUUUAUACAAUAAUAGCCCAGCACCCAUAAAUUGGGUGGCCGUAAUGCAAAAUGAUGCAGUUGGAGAAGAAUUGGGUACAGACAUUCACCAAAGAACAGAUGUUGCAAUAAAUAAUCUUAACUACUUAAGAAAAAUAAAGGACAUAGAUGUUACUUUAUUUAUCUCCUGUGUUCCUAAUUCAGGGCGGUUACUACCUUAUCAAAAGACUACAAUUACAUUUUGUUUCAGCCCAAAGCUAAUUGCUGAUAAUAAAAAGGAUAAUGAUCCUUCACAUAGGCAGGACUAUGCUGUCUUUUUGAGAAUUGACUCCGUAGGAAGUAAAGAUGGAUUUUUGAGAGAUGAUGAUAGUAAAACUAUCACAAGUGAUCAGUUUCAGAAAUUGGAGUUAGCACUGACCGGCUCAGGACUUCCUCUUAUACUACAGUUUGAUCCAGGAACAGUCCUUAAUUUUGCACCUUGUUCCAUGGGGGAACAUUCAGACGUUAUGUUUACCAUUUACAAUCAGUCCAAAUUGCCUUCUGUGAUGUUCAACUUUAAGAAAAUUGCAUGGUUUAAAAUGGAUCCCCAAAGUGGCCUGGUUAGCGAAGGACACAUGCAGGAAGUGAAGUGUUCGUUCAUUCCAAAUCAACUUGGAGAGUUCAAAGUGAAGCAGGUCUUAGAGAUGAUUGGCUCGGUGGCAAAUGAAAAUUUUCAGUCUGUGUCGCUGAAACCUUUUCAUGAAAUAAAUUUAAUUUUCAACUGUGUCUGCAGACUUGAUGUCGAUAAAGUUGUGAUGAAAAAUAAUUGUGAUGUAUUACCUCUAAUCAAUAAUCCUACGGGACGCUUUAUGGUCAAAGAUUGGGCAAAAUCGAAGGAAUAUGCACCUGUUGCAAUGCUUCAGUCAACCAUGACAAGCAUUCACAGUCAUCGCUCACGUAAAGAGACAAGGACUGAUGCGCUUAUUGCCUUUCCCAAUGACCGAGCUGCAAGUAUCAAGUCUGGAGAGCAGAAUAAACAUUUCAGGACGAUUUUCACAAAUAUUCCAAGAUAUAACUAUGUGGAUCCUGAUUUUGCGUAUACUAAUUCUGAAGCAUUGGAAAAGAAAGCACAUAAAGACCGUUAUGCAGAAUACAUUAAAACUUCAAGAAACAUGCAGAAACAAACGAAGAGAGAAGACAUGAAUUUGUAUGAUGAAACUGAUGCAGAACUACAGCUAGCAUCAGAUCUAAAGGCACCGUCACUGCCAGAUGUGCGAUUGGAAGAGGACCUAUAUUCAGCAUAUUGUAAGAUUAAACCGUACCAAUUGUUGAGCACCAACAAGAUAGAGUCCAAGGAGGCAGAGGCUCGGGACAGAAAGGUUCUCAAAGAACUUAAAUCAGAGCCAUCUACGCUUCGUGAGAAACAUGAUUGCAGCUUAAAUUUGACACCAAAACAGAUUCAUCAAGUAAUCGUUGGACCCGCUGUCCUUAAUUUUGGUGAUAUUUGUGUGAACUCCACCAAUUAUAAACAACUACAUAUUGUUAAUAUGCUACCUAUGCAUAUUUUGAUCCGGUUAGAUGUUAAUUUGAAAGAACUUCAAAAAACCAAGCAGUUUUCAUGUGUAAUACCGCCUACAGCCAGUACGCGUAUGUCAGUGGUGUUUGAAUCUCCCACCGCGGGAAAAUUUUGGAAAUCUUUUACUUUUACAGUAAACAAUAUACCUGGUGGGCAUAUCCUCGUGAUGGCGGAAAUCAUGCCAGUAAGACUCGAGUUGUCUUCCAAGGAGUUAGUAUUGAGACCACAGGAGUUCUUGCUGAACACAUGUUUUAGGGAGACAGUUACGUUGCAUAAUCAUCAGAAUUAUUUUGUCCACUUUGAGUGGCAGCCAGUAAGCACAAGCAGAGGGAUAGGAUUUUUCAUUCGUCCAGCAAAAGGCACUGUUGAGCCAUUUUGUUCAUUGGAAUGUGAAGUGACAUGGAAACCGAGUUUCAGUUCUCCAGAAAGGGGAGAAUUUAUUCUUCAUGUCGAUGAAGGAAACACAACGACACUAAAAUGUGUUGCACAUCCUGGUCACCCUGAGGUCGUAUUUUUGGAGCCAAAGGUAAUCUUCAGUAUUACCCCUCAAGGUAUAACAAGUUGGAAGAGAGUCCGUCUCCACAAUGUAGGACAAAAACAUGCUUAUUUCAAGGUUCGUGAGGACAGUCUUUUGCCUAUGAUUAAUAUUGUUCCAUCGGAAGGAAUAAUUCCAUAUGGGGGAUUAACUGUUCUUAAUAUCUCCUGUACACCUACCACGCUAGAGCCAUUUGAUACAAGAGCAAAGAUUUCUAUUCGCUGUGCAAAAGCCAUAGACUUUGGGAUUGGUGGAACUGUUGAAAUUGCUGAUGUUGAAAUCAGUCCGGACACAUUUCUCUUCAAUGGCACCUAUGUUGGCACUACCCAGGUUAUCCCAUGUGUAGUAAAAAACAAAGGUGUAACACGUGCCAGAGUGGAAUUUAAUCUACAAGGCUUCAAAGGUUUUUCAAUGGAUUUUGAAGACAAAUUAGAGCAAUUCUCAGACCCUGCAUUUCCUGAUAUAUAUUUUUUCGAGUUAGAGAAAAAGGAAUCUCUGACAUGUGGCAUUUCAUUUUCUCCUAAAGAAGUGGCAACAUAUGAAUUUAGCUUUCAAGUUCGAAUUAAUUGCUCCCGUGCCUUAGAACGUGUUACUCAUUGUCACUUAUCAGAAUCUGCUAUGACUCCAAAGACAACACCAUUUAUUCGAAUGUGUUUUGUUCAAGCUACUGUGGUGCAAGUACCAUUGAGAUUAUCCAGCACUGAUUUUAUAUUUGAAAUCCCAUCAUAUACGAUGACUCCUCAUAACAAGGUCACAAAAACUGAGGAUCUUGUUUUACAUAAUUUUACAUCAAGAGCUGUACUGUGGAUUUUGGAUAUUAGUAAGACUGAAAAACUUUUCAAAGAUGGCACAUUCAAGCUUAGCGAACUCAGUGGGAUUCUACAACCACAUACAGAGUGUAGUGUUUCGAUAUAUUUCUGUCCAAAGCGUCUUGGAAAAUACACAGCAAAUAUUCCUCUGCGUUUAAAUGAUAAUCCAUUUUGCUAUCAAACAUUACAUCUGGUUGGAGAGGUAAAAUCACCUAUGUUAUUGUUUAAACCUCCAUUCAUAUUUUUCACCCCUGUUCCUUUGGAUGUAACAGCUGUGAUGGAUAUCACCAUUUUACCUCAAAGUUAUUUCAGCAAUGCAGUGUUAUCCGUGAAGAGUCCAUCGGCAGGAUUUCUUGAUGGUAGCGAUGUCAUGGUAUUUUUUUCUGUGACGUUUCCAGGAGGCAGAGCCAUCCCAGGCUCUCCCAGAGGAAUUAACACUGAGCUCUCCUGCCGCAUCAGUUUCAAAUCAUCUAAACCUGUGUCACUUUUUACCAGUGUAAUUUUCUAUGAUGACAUAGGUAACAGCUUUCCACUUCCAGUUUUUGCAGCAGCAGACAACUGCAUUCUUACUAUUUACCCAUAUAUGGCACUUCAUCAUGAUAAGCAAGAUAUUGUUUUAAGGAAUGAUAAGGAUGGCAGUCUUGUCAAGACUGGAGAGAAUAUUUCAUUUCCCUCCCAAAAAGCUGGAUCAUCCUCUCUUGGUCCUUCUAAAUAUAGCAAUGCUGAGCCUGCAAAGAGUUUAUUUAUUGGGACGGAAAUAAUACCUGACAAAUUGAAUUUGGGCAAAAGUGAAACGUCAAAGCAAGAAGGCGUUAGAUCAAUCGUAAAACAGGAGAAAAAUGAGCAGUUUUUUCCUGAAGAAGGAACGAAGACAUAUGACUUAUUUCAAAAAGCUGUAAAUGCUGCUCAGACCUGGUUCACCCUCUUCGGCUGGUCGGAAGGACCCCAUUCUCUCUCCAUUCCAGAGACUAUAAGAAGGGAUGUGUGUAAAAAGAUAAUCAGCUCAGGCUCAUCACGCAAAAGAAUUUCCAGAGAGAAUGAGUUUUUAAGAUAUAAUAAAACCAUUUAUGAUGUGAUACAUCACUUGACUGGAAGAAAGCUUGAUGGAAUAAAGUCAAAUCAAUCUUUACCUGAGAAUUCCACUGAAAGGGUGACUCAACUUCAUAUGCAGUAUACUUUACUUCUUGAAUUUCUCAAUGCUCAAGGAGCACAUAUGCCUCAUGUAUUUCCAGAAUUUCUGUUUGACCUGGAAGAUUAUAAGAAGUGGAUUAAAAUCACAUCUUCCGCUAAUACCUUGCCUGUGUGUUCCUCUAUACCUGAGGAAAAGAAUUGCCUUGUUACAAAUCUGAAGAUGUUUGAAGCCUGUAGUAAACGGGUAUGGACAGAUCUAUUCCUUCAGAUAUACAAGGUUCUGGUACUUUCCCGGGUUGUAGCACGUCCCAGAAAUAAUUCAUCUCCCACAUAUAUGCGAAAUUCACCAAAAGUCAAUCCUCAUUUUAAAUCCAGCAACAUAUAUUCUAAUCCUGAAAGGGUUCUGCUUAGUUGGAUGAACACAAAUUAUGAGAAUACCCGACAUAUUAUAUGGAAAAACAUUCACAAAGGUGAUACAGAUGAUAUGCCCUCUGAGAGAUGGAUAGUAAAUUUUGACAAAGACCUUUCAGAUGGCCUUGUUUUAGCCACACUGUUGGGGGCCUAUUGUCCAUUUUUGAUUGAGACUCAUUUUGUAAAUAUGUACACACACCCAACAAGUUCGGAACACAGUUUACACAAUUCAAUGAUUAUUGUGACUGGUCUUCGUGAAAUUGGCUUUAGCGUGGGCAUACAGGCCUCUGACAUCUGUGACCCUAAUCCAAUCCUGUUGCUCAUGCUUUGUGUCUAUAUGUAUGAAAGACUUCCUACAUUUCUCCCCAGGAAGGUGAUCACCUUUGAGUGUACUCUACAUGACACCGUAAUGCAAUCGAUUCUACUGAAAAAUACAAAAUGGAAAACCUUAGUGUAUAAUGCUACAAUUAUUGGAAGAGAUGCCGAUGAUUUCUCCCUCUCCCAAACAGGAAAUACUGUGACAGUUUAUCCAAGAGACGAAAUUACUGUCACUGUGAAAUUCACCAGUCGCUUCCUCUAUCCUGCUGAAGCUUCAUUAAUAUUACUUUCAAAAUCUGCGAAAUCAACAGGAGGCACUACAUUGACUUUUACUCUUAAGGGUAAAGUCCGCAAUUUUAAAGCCAUUGACACUAUACAGUGCAAUUCCCCAUGUUAUAAAUGGAUGGAAUUGACAUUGAUGGUUAAAAAUCCUUUCCAUACUGCGGGUGAUUUCAAUGUCAUGUUGGUGGAAUCCUCAAAAUUUAUCUCUCUGACAUCUCAAUUAAUUGCAUCUGGACAAUUCCCCAACCGCAGGAAGCGUGGUGAUGCUGGGAGUAGCGAAGAAGAUGAUGUUGUUGAGGGCUCUUCUGAUGUCCCAAAUGAGUUAAAAACCUCAAUUAAGUCCAGCUUCAUCAGAGAAUUCUUCUGCAAGUCACAUACCCUUUACCUGGGAGUGGAAGGAUCUUCAAGCCUGGAGCUGAUCUUUCUGCCCUUUGACUUGCAAACACGCUAUUGCAUCGUUUUGCUCAGCAACAAACAGAUUGGAGAAUUAAUAUACAUCGUGGAAGGAAAUGGUAUGGCCCCCUUACCUUCUGACUUCCUUCCAGUGAAUUCUUCAACUUCACGUGACUACAGCAAUGUUCCAAAAGAUGUUUUUAUGGAGAAAGAGCCAGUUCUAUUCUUGGAAGGCAUGCCCUAUCAGUUCUUGAAUGUGGACCUUAUAUUGCCACUGAUUAAUGAAGCAAAGGAAAAGGCUUUGGCUUUUGCAGCCCAGCAUCAGAUGUCGGAAAUAGAGUAUCGGCGAAGGUUUAUCACAGGCACCCUGGAAAGCAGUAGUAUCCGCGUGGCCAUCGCCAUCCUGGGGCUGACCAGGACUGAGACUUUUAUGCUUUUUAAUACCUCACAGUUAAAGAAGCCUAAGUCUAUUUCAUACAUAACAGAACUGAGCCUACCAGAAUAUUUUCGUAUGCCCAAGAGAAUCAGUAUUCCUCAGUAUCCAGAAAUGCAAGCUAACAGACUUAAACCUACAAAGAAAACAGAUGGAUGUUUUUCAGUUCCUGUACAAUUUUUUCCUGUUAGACCUGGACGCUACCCUUGUAAAAUUUUGUUGACAUCACUCUAUGAUGUGCGUCUCUAUUGCAUUGAAGGUGUGGUAAAUGAGGUACAUCCACAGGCCCUGUUAAAAUUUGAAGCACCAGCUUUUAAAGUCCUUACCCAGGAUAUUCCAAUAACUAAUACAACAGACAAUGAAUGGCAAUGUCAAGCUCUCAUAGAAGGAGAACACUUUUAUGGACCUUCUAUUUUAUAUGUCAGACCAGGUGAAACAGUGCCGUAUCCUCUCACUUUCAAACCUGUAGUGGAAUGUGAGAUUGUGGGCAAAUUUAUUCUACAAAAUGAAAUAGAUGGUAUACAAUGUGUCAUGGACUUAAAAGGGAUUGGCAAAAAACCCUUGGCCUUGAAAGACCUCAUUAUAAACUGUAAAGUGGGGAUCACGGAACAUAGAACCAUAAUGGUGCCCAAUUAUACAAAGAACAAGGUAACAUUUAAGGUAUCUUCAAAUGUUCCAAUAGUGUCGGGAGAUCGACACAUCACCAUAGACCCUCAGAGUACAGUUCCGUAUAUUCUGUGCAUAAGCUCUCGGAAACGUGGUUUAUUUAGAGGUAGAAUUUCAUUUUCCAUUGAAAGCACACAAGAUGAUGAUUCUAAGAAAGACAUAGAUCAAGAUAAUGAUCAAAAUGAAGAUGAAGCUAAAGAUCAAAAUCAAGAUAUAAUACCCUUCUAUUGGAAAUCAGGAUCAGAACUAUUCCAAAAGCUUGAUGAGGAAGACUCAGAAGGUGACACGUUACACGUCUGGUAUGAUCUUGAGAUCCAUAUCCAUCCUGGGAAACCUAUAGACAUUAUUGAGAUGAAAUGUAUUGCUAUGGAGAGCAUUUGCUUUGAAAUACCUCUCUGUAAUGAAAAAGAAGAAAGUGUUUCCUUAGAAGUGCAGUUAACAAAUCCUGCCCUUAGUGGACUCAAAGAAUUUGUACUGCGUCCAAAAGAAUGUAUCAGCUAUGCUGUAUGUUAUUCUCCAGCGACUACAGGCUGUAGAGAUGAAAGCAUUGUUUUUCAACCUGAUAAGGCUCUAGAGUUCUGGUAUUUACUGAAAUUUACUGUUGAGUUGCCAAAACCAACCACAAUACCAGAAAUAAAAUGUGAUCUUGGCAAGUAUCUCACUCAGAAGAUUUCUUUAGUUAAUACUACACAUGAAACCUUAGAAUUGGAAGUAACAAACAAUAAUCCUGACAAUUUUGUCCUGGAUACCAACCAGUCACCACUAACUGUACUUCCCUUCUCCACCAAAGAGGUACCUGUUGAUUUUCAUCCUUCCGGUCUUGGAAGAACUGGUCAUCAAGCUUCUAUUAUCUUCCAUUGUGCUCAGUUUAAAGAAUGGAAAUUCCUCUUAUCUGGAGUAGGACUAUAUCCCCAGCCUCAAGAAAUAGAAAUAACAACCACAUACAUUCAUUCUCAUUCACCUGUUAUUAUAUCUUUCCAAAAUCCCACCAAGGAAGAAGUUUUAAUCAAUAUGUUACUAACAAAUCAGGCAAAGCCCAAGAAUUUCACCCUUGGCAUUCACUGCAAUAGCUUCCUCAUUGAGACUUCUGCCUUCAAGUUUAAUCUCGAUCACACACAAGGAAUUGCAUUGCCUCCUAAAGGGAUUAUAAAGGUCCCAGUGUUAUUUCUGCCCAAAGUUAUGGCAUUACGGAAAACAAUGGUCAUUGUUCAAAUGAUGAGAGCAAAUGGAGAAAGUUGGCCUAUCGACAAUUGUGAUGAAUUGGACGCAGAAAUGAAAAGAAUGAUGGGAGUAGACACUGGAAAAAUCCAAACAAUACAAUGGAUAUACCCUAUUAUUGGACUCCCAAAGGCAAGACAUACUAAAUGGCCUCAAGUUGUCGUAGGAUGUCAGGCCAAGAAGCAAGCAGACAAGGAGCUGACAGUUACCCUUGCCGGUGAAUUUUUGGGAGACAGUCCUAUCUUAGACGUAUCAAGUUUUCUAGUGUUUCCAAGAAGAAAUUCAUAUGCAUCAUAUGAAGAUGUGGAUGUUACGCCUGUAAGACGUGAAUUUGAAUAUGAAAUUCUAUUUGAAUCUGAAGAAGUGAAGUCCAACUUGGAAUCCUGCGUGUCUUUAUCUUUGAAGAAGAAAUCUUAUGAUCCCGAGGAAAAAUUGAUAUCAUUGACCUACAAGCUGGUAUUUUCACCAAAGAAACCAUUGAGGUCUCAAAUUACACUGAAAGUAGAGUGCAUAACAGAUGGGAUCUGGGAGUUUCCAGUAACAUUGGUUGCUACAGAGCCUGAUUUGUAUGAUGUCAUCAAUAUUGAGGGGGCUGGUUUAUUUAAAGAAGCAACUGUUGACUUCCCGCUGAUAAGUAGGGAAAGAUAUGCUGAGCACUUCACUGCAUCCUUCCUACCUGGCAGUGAUCCUGAGUUUUUUGUAAGACCUCAGUCUGGAGAAUUUCCUCCUUGUGACACCGAUACGAUCUACAUCGUUGUGGGUUUUAAACCCCGAAUAGUCAAUAGGAAAUACAAAGCAACAUUGGUAAUACAGACGAAGGAAACAUAUGAUUUGUAUGCUGUCAAUGGAUUGCCUCAAGUUAUUGAGCCACCAAAGAAUGUAAAAGCCAAAAUUGAUGCUACUUACAAGACGUCGAACAGCAAGCCACUUCUUCAGCGCAAUUUUAUCCUUGAAAAUGCUAAACACAUAGAGGCAAAGACGUCCUCUACCAUCAAGGGUUUUCCUUCAUUGAAGAAAUAA